UGAGAAAAUCAACCGGGGAAACAACCGGGGAAUCAACCGGGGAAACAACCUGUAUGCAGAAAGAGUUCCCCGUGUUCUCGGUACUGAAUUCAGCUUUAAAUACGAUCAGUGCGGCUCUGUUAAUCCAGCGCUGGUACCGUCAGCAUGUUGCACGGCUGGAGAUGAGACGCAGGUGCACGUGGAACAUCUUCCAGUCUAUCGAAUAUGCAGGAGAGCAAGACCAAAUCAAGCUCUACAAUUACUUUGGCUUCUUGAUGGACCACUUCACCCCAGCCAGCAGUGAAAGAAACCUUAUAUCCCACAUAUUUCGUAAGAAUGAAAUCUGUCUUGACACAGAGUGGGAGAGAUAUUUUUGCUACAAGAGCAUUGAGGUGACAAAAAGCUACACAGGCCCCCAUCUGAUGUUCCCCGUGACGUUCUGUGGGGUGUCAAAGCUGGUGGAGGCCUUCAAGCACAAAGAACAGCUUCAUGCUCGAUAUGUUCUGCAGCUUCUUGGAGAGACUUGGAGACUUCUGAGAACUUUCCCCAACAUCAGUCACGUCAUCGCCUGCCAUACAAAGGCCAUUACCAUAUGCGGGGAUCUACACGGGCACCUUGAAGACCUGUUGUUGAUAUUCUACAAGAACGGUUUGCCGUCCUCUGAUAAACCAUAUGUUUUUAAUGGAGACUUUGUGGAUCGUGGUAAAAACUCUUUAGAGAUCCUUCUCACCCUAUUCGGCUUCCUGCUGGUCUACCCCAAUGACGUCCAUCUGAACAGAGGGAACCAUGAGGACCACAUUGUUAAUCUGAGAUAUGGCUUCACUAAAGAAGUUUUGGGAAAAUACAGGGUGCAUGGCAAGAAGAUCCUAAAGCUCCUCCAGAUGAUUUUCAGCUGGCUACCUUUGGCCACAGUGAUUGAUAACAAAGUGCUGAUUGUUCACGGUGGGAUCUCUGACACCACAGACCUUGACAAGAUAGCUAGAGUGGACAGACAAAAAUAUGCAUCGGCUCUCAGGCCUCCUAAAAUGAAAUCUGACUCAUACCUGGAGUCUAAAACAACAGAGACAGAUUUGGAUGAGUGGAAACAAGUAAUGGAUGUAUUGUGGAGUGACCCAAUGCCUCAAAAUGGAUGCAUUCCCAAUGAGGUGCGAGGCAGAGGCUGCUACUGGGGGCCAGAUGUCACUGAGGAGGUGCUGCGAAGAAACAACCUGCAGCUCCUCAUCCGCUCCCACGAGUGCAAACAGGACGGAUACGAGUUUUGCCACAACCGCAGGGUGAUUACUAUAUUUUCAGCGUCUAAUUACUACGAGGUGGGCAGCAACAGAGGCGCCUUCAUCAGAAUGGGACCUGACCUGGUCCCCCACAUCAUUCAGUAUCAGGCCAGCACCACAUGCAGAGAGCUCACCCUGAGACAAAGUGUUGGCUGGACGGAGAGAUCCGCUCUGCAAGCUCUGAGGGAACAACUUUUCGUACAUAGGUCUGAUCUCAUCAGUGCCUUCCAGGAGUUUGAUCCUAACAACAAAGGGAUGAUCUCUGUGACGCACUGGGCUAGCACCACAGAGAGAGUCCUGAAUCUGGGUCUGCCCUGGAGGGUGCUGCGCCCUCAGCUUGUCAGCAGCACCCAGCAUGGCAUGAUGGACUACCAGCGGUGGAUAAAGGAGCUUUCAAUCACUGAACCCAAAUUAGAGAUCUCAGAUAACAGUAUCCUGGAUACGAUGUACAAGAACCACUCCAAUCUGGAAACCAUUUUCCGGAUCAUAGACACAGAUCAUUCAGGUUUAAUCUCUUUCAAGGAGUUUCAUCAGACCUGGGAACUCCUGCGCUCUCAUCUGAAGACAGAGAUUAGUGCCAAGGCUAUUGCAGACCUGGCCCAGAGUAUCGACUUCAACAAGGACGGGAGCAUCGACAUCAAUGAGUUCCUGGAGGCUUUCAGGCUGGUGGACAUAUCAGCACAUAACUGAGUCUGGACCUGGACCAGGAGCUGUACCUGCUGCAUAGAAAACACCCAGAACCGAUUUGGAAAACCUGUGGAAAUUCAAAUGUUGAGUACUAUCUCAUCCAUUUGACCUCAUGAGAUCAACCUACAUAUGUUCUACAUCUUAGAUGUUAUUUUGUGUACCCUUUUUAUCUCACAAAUUAGAGUAUCCUUAGGAUUUAUGUUUUUAACUGAUGGAUCAAGCUGGUCAGAGAAAGUUAUGAAUGAAAGAAACCUACCGAUGUUACACAUUAAAGUCUGUUUAAAGGAGUGAUGGAGUGCUAAUGCUUUUCUGAAAUAGGUUGCAUUAAAGACAAGUCUUUGCAAUGUCUAAUAAAUGUCCUUAAGUGAUGUCACUUGAGUCAGCGUGAGUUGGACCAGUGUCAUUUCGAGGACUCUAAUGCAUGAGGGGAUAUCAUCUUUGGGUAGCUGGUUAAUCAGUUCAACUGUCAAUCAGUUGGAAUGUAGGACAUUAAUCCUAUCCACUCAAGCAGGACUUAGAUGAGAUGUUGGAAAGGGCUCGUCUGCAAGUAAACACAGGUGAUGAGAUAUGUCCC